CAAUGUUCGAAAUCAUGAGUUUUACUGUUUUAUGUGUUUUAUUUUUGCUGUGCUUUCGUGAGACAGUCCAAUUACGAAUUUAGAAUGUCUUGAUUGUAACAUCCCCGUUCUUAAUCAAGAAACAAUUCUGAAGAACUUUGUGGGGAACACCUUCAAUUUGAGCAGCAGUAAUGUUCAAGUAAUAAGUGCAAAUGUGUUAAGUGAAUUUACUAACAAAACGAAACGGUUCUUUUUUGAAAAUAACAAAAUUGAUUACAUUGCGCCAGAAGUGUUCAGUCAUUUUUCGCAACUUGAAGAAAUCAAUUUUCGAAAUAGCAAAAUAUCGCAUUUACCUGCUGGAGUCCUUAAUAGAACAUUUGUAACAAAGCUAACAUUGUCUGAGAACAGUUUUUCAGCCAUCGACCAUGUUUUUGAGGGUUUGAAAGUAACGCGACUAAAUUUGUCGUCAAAUCGUAUCAGGGAAAUUGCGACAGAUACCUUUUCUAAAACAACAUUUAUCGAAGGGAGUUCAUUUCCACACAGGCAACAUUUAGACUUGGCCAAUAAUAUGAUAGAAAAGCUACAUCCAGGAAGUUUCAAAUGCUUUGACGAAGACAAUUGUGUCAACAUUCUUGAGUUGAAGAACAAUCAACUCACGAAAAUAAAAAAUGGCACCUUUCUGGAUAAUCGUCAUCUUAAUGAACUAUCCCUGUGUAAUAAUUUCAUACAUCAUUUAGAAUCGAAUUCAUUUCGUGGUUUAACAAACUUAAAAUCGUUAACUCUGAGAAAUAAUCGCAUCGAAAUUAUACCCGUCAGUCUGUUUGAAGAUCUACAACAACUUAACACGUUAGAUUUGUCCGAAAACUUCAUUUCCUCCCUUCAGUUACACGCGUUUUCAGGAUUGACCGCUCUUGAGAUUUUAAACAUUUCGCAUAAUAAUUUGGAAACUUUCACUCCUACGUACUUAUUCCCUUUGGGACAGUUAACAGAUUUAGAUAUCAGCGAUGUAAAAGUUCAUCGACUCGAUUUAAAGGAAAUCAUGCGUCACAAUUCUAAAUUGAGAAAUAUAAUUUUAAAUGACAACUUUUGGAAAUGUAAUGACUUGUUAGAUUUUUAUACGGAAAUGAACAAGUUCGGAGGAUUUAGUUCCCCUACGCAACACUACGGCGUUCCCAAUUUACACGGUAUAGCGUGCUCACCUCGAGAACUGGAUACGUAUAAUGAUUUUACAUUUGCCAAAUUUUUAAAGAUUGUUUCCACGGACGCGCCCCUUUCGGAUUGGUUUAACUUUUCGCCUCCUACAAAGGACGAACAGGAUCAUACGAUGAAAUACUUACGAAAUAUCCACGGUAUGUUUAUAUUUGUUCUUUUUAGUAUCGUCGUGCUGAUAACGUGUUAUGUGAUAAAACUAGUGAUGCGAUGUUUAUAUGAUAAUAAUAUUGUCAAAUUUAAUCGCUUGAGCUUUCUUUAUCUCCCCGGCCAACGAAACGUUCAAGUGUGUUCUUAAAAAAAGGAAAUGCAUGUAUUAUUUAAGUUUAUAU